UUACGUUUCGGUCUGGGUUACAUUUGUGACGAAGUGCCUUGGUCGGCCGACGCGAUGCUUCACUCCCUCGUCCGCCGCCAUGCACUGCCUUCGCCGUCCCGGCUCUGUCGCGUCUUCUUCUGCACCGGCACUUCCGACUCCUCCGCAGGCGUCGACGCUUCUCCCGAUCCCCACUUCAUGGUCGAGUAUCUCGUGAAUACAUGCGGGUUCUCCAUUGACGAUGCGUCCAAGGUCUCCAAGUCGCUCCCGUUCCGUAUUCAGUCCACUGAGAAUCCCGACGUCGUUGUUGGUUUCUUCAGAUCUCAGGGCUUUGAUGGCGCUAAGCUCAGAAAAAUAAUAGCUUCGAGACCAAGUUUACUCGGCUGCAAUGUGGAGACGAACCUCGCUCCAAGGUUUAAAUUUUUGCGCGACAUGGGGUUAUCUGGCUCCGACGUCAUCAACGCCGUUCUGCUGCACCCCAUCAUUAUUCGCCUCAACUUCCAGAACACGUUUCUUCCCAGAUUGAAGGUUUGGGAAAGUCUAUUGGGAUCGAGGGAGAUCCUCAGCAGGAAUCUCCGGAGGUGUGGAUGGUUUUUGAGCAGCAACAUUGAGAGCGUGGUACGCCCUAACAUGAGCUUCUUAUUUGAUGAAUGUGGUAUUCCUGAAGAGCGGGUGCGUCUUCUCCUUAGAAGGCACCCAUGCUUCAUCGUGCAGAAGCCAGACUCCCUCAGAGCUUUGGUAAAUAGAGCUGAAGGGAUUGGAUUUCCCCAGGGAUCCGGGAUGCUCUGCUUGAUCCUUUCCGUGCUUCACAGGGUCAGCAACGAAAAAUUUGAGGCCCAUGCCAAGCUCAUGAACAGUUUUGGUUGGUUGAACUCGGAUUUCUUAACUGCAAUCAAGAAAAAUCCAACUUUUUUAUGGCUUUCCACAGAGUUAUUGCAGAGAAAGAUGAAAUUUUUAGUCAAGGAUGUUGGAAUGGCACCUUUAGACAUUGCUAAGCAGUCAAGGAUUUUAUUAUUAAGAUUGGAAAAGAGGUUAAUUCCUCGAUUUCGUGUGAUGGAGAUUUUGAAAUCUGAAGGGUUGUGGAAGUCAACAUACAAGCUACAUAGAUUUUUCUUAUUGUCUGAUCCAAUUUUUUUGCAGAAGUAUGUCCGCCCUUACGAAGAUAAAUUACCCAAACUGCUUGAAGUCUUAGUUGGAUGUAUGCUGGGCCACAAUUGGUUAAUGUUUUUGAAAGUUGAAGGUGCAUAAAUCACAUUGCAAGCGCCUUCAUUAAGCUGUAUUGAAAAUGAUAUUCUUAAUUGUGAGGAAAGAGUCAUCCUAUUGAGUUGUACAGUGAUUAUUAACAAGAUUAGUUGAAUCAAAAGAAAAGAAACUCUAUUUGUAAUAAUUCAUAGUUAUAAAGGAUCUGAGUAUUACUAUCUAUACAAUAUUGCAAACUGUUCAUUGUUGUAAGAGUAUUCUGAAUAGUUGGGACUUAUAUCAUGUUAUUAUUGUUAUUAUCUUUGUCCUCUAUAAGUGUUUUAAAAUUUCAAAAAUUCACUAGGAUUAAAAACAUAUUUC